AUGGACUUAAAUCUUUUUCAGGCUUCACUACAUCGUAAAUAUGGAAAGAUGUUUCGCGAAAAGUGGGGACCAAAAUGGCAAGUGCAUGUAAGCGAUCCAGAUUUGAUUGAAGAAAUUUACAGACACGAAGGCAGAUACCCAUUUCGCCCCAGUCUUCAGCCCUGGCUGCUCUACAGACAAAUUAAAAAUUUACCCCACGGCAUCACGACCGCCCAGGGGAUGGAAUGGCAACACUACAGAACGGAAUUUGGCAAACGUCUUUUUUGUCCAAGUGCUACAAAAUCCCUUAUUGAACCAUUGAGCAACGUUGCAGAUGAUUUUGUGACAAAAGUAGAAACAGUUCUGGCUGAUUGCAAUCAAAAUUUUGAUGAUAAUUGCAACAAGGAAAUAUAUUUUGCUAAACAGCUGCCUAACAUUUCAUAUCUGUGGAGUCUCGAAGCUGCCGGGUCCUUCUUGUUUGAAACUCGCCUUGGAUGUUUAGCGCCAAGCAUACCGACUCGAACACAAAAGUUUCUUGACUCUCUUCAAGAAAUGAUGACAUCAUCUUUGUAUUUAAUUGUCGGCGAAAAGAUUCAUCAACGUUUAAACACAAGAUUUUGGCGUAAACAUGAAAAAUCAUGGGACAACAUAUUUAGCUUCGGCAAAACACUAAUAGACGAGAAGUUGUUAUCAUUAGAAUCUUCAGAAGAGGUAACAGGACCAUAUCUUAGUCACCUGCUGAAAAAUAAAAAUCUAACAAUGAACCAGAUUUAUACAAACAUCACUGAAUUGUUGAUGGCUGGAUCAGAUACAACAGCCAACACAUUUUGUUUUGUCCUGUACAUGUUGGCCAACAAUCCCGACAAGCAAAACUUACUUCGCCAAGAAAUACAAUCAAUCAUGUCUAUGUCAUCAUUUGCAGCAUCUCACAAUCACUUGGAAGAUAUGAAAUACUUAAAGUGCGUCAUCAAAGAAACUAUGCGUCUCUAUCCUGUUGUCACUAUGAACUGUCGUGUACUCAAUCAAGACAUUCAACUUGAUGGAUACACCAUUCCGAAAGAGACCCUUUUUGUGAUGAACCACUAUGCGGCCAGUAUUGAUGAAGAUAACUUUCAUGAUCCCAACAAGUUUCUUCCCGAGAGGUGGUUGAGAGAAGGUGAUGUCAGUCAGCAACAACAUAAAGUACAACAACAAACUGACAUCAAGAAACAUCCGUUCGCCAGCCUUCCAUUUGGAUAUGGCAGCAGAAGCUGCUUAGGCAAACAUGUGGGCAAGAUGGAACUGAUGGUGACUUUAAUCAAGGUGCUUGAUAAAUUUGAUGUGAAACCGCUGGUUGAGCAGCAAGAUUUAAAGCCAGUCCUCAGGACACUGCUCACACCAGGACAACUCGUUCCUGUCAGACUGUGUAGAAGAUAUUAA